AUGGCGAUCUGUUCAGCGUCCUUCUCCAGAUAGGACAAAUGCCUCGGUCGAAAGAGGCGAAUGAGCUCGCCGGCCACUCCUGAAGAAGCAGGUGGAGGCAGACCAUCACCCAGCCUCUAUGCUUCCAGCUUUGCACCCGAACUCAGAGACGGGCCCUGCCUUGGGUAGCGACGCGACAUAAGAGGGGACAAUGUAUACUUUCCUGCCGGAGAACUUCACUCCGGUGAAGCAGAAGCCAUCCAAAGAGCUGAGGCCCAUGAUUGGCGCCAUCGUGGUGGGCCUCGUUUUGUUCAUUGCCGCCAUCGUGGCGUGGUGCUACUACGUGGCGUCCCUUCGGAAGGCGGAGAGGCUUAAGACGGCGGAGAUGGAUUUGCGGCAAGACGGAUUCACCAUCAAGAACCAGAACGGCGAGCUGGUCUUCCAGGUGGCCUUCCAGUCGGGGCUUCUGGACCUGGAGUCCUGCUCCAGGGAGGGGGCCAAUUUAACCUGCACCCAGACCGACAAAGGGAGAGUCAACUUCUUCAUCAAGAUCGUCAACCCCAAGGACACCGUGAUCUGCUACCGCGUGCGCUGGGAAGAGUUCGUGGCAGACACGGUGGUGGAACAUAAAAUGUUCUGGGGUGAUGCCUUCUGGUACGGAGGCUGUGAGAUGAGUGUCCAGCAUUGGCCGAUCAAGCUGCCCGGAUACCAGGAGCCCAUGCCUUUUGUGACCAGCGACGUCAAUUCUUUAAGGAACAGCUUUGGAGGCAUCUUAGAGAGGUACUGGUUGUCGUCCAAAGCUGCGGCCAUCAAGAUCAACGAUUCGGUGCCCUUCCACCUUGGUUUCAACGCCACGGAGCCUUCCCUCGUCUUCCAAGCCAGGUAUAAAGACUCGCCGUACAAGCCUCCGUUGGGCCAGCCGCCUUUUCCUGAGCUGAGUUACCGCGUCUGCAUCGGUUCCGACGUCACCUCCAUCCACAAAUACAUGGUGCGGAAGUACUUCUACAAGCCCUCCAAGAUACCUUCGAGGAACGCCUUCAGGUACCCCAUCUGGUCCACCUGGGCCUUGUACAAGAACGACAUCGACCAGGAGAAACUCCUGCGCUUUGCCGAAAACAUCAAGAAGUACAAGUUCAACUGCAGCCACAUCGAGAUCGACGACACCUACACCCAGGCGUACGGCGACUUCGACUUCGACGUGGCCAAGUUCCCCAACAUGACGGGAACCUUCAAGAAACUCCGAGAGGACGGUUUUCAGAUCACCCUCUGGACCCACCCGUUCAUCAAUUACAAUUCCUCGAAUUUUGGGGUGGGGAUAGAGAAACAGCUGUUCAUCAAGGAACCCACCGGACGGCUGCCCGCCAUGGUGGAGUGGUGGAACGGCAUCGGCGCCAUCUUGGAUUUCACCAACCCUGCCGCCCGAGAUUGGUUCCAGAGCCAGCUGAGACAGCUCCGCAAUAAAUACGGCAUCUCCUCCUUUAAAUUCGAUGCUGGGGAGACCAGCUACCUCCCCAAACAGUUUAGCACCUUCCGACCUUUGUCGGACCCCAGUGUCUGGUCCAGGCGCUACACAGAAAUGGCCAUCCCGUUUUACGAACUGGCGGAGGUCAGGGUGGGCUACCAAUCCCAGAACAUCUCGUGUUUCUUCAGGAUCAUUGACCGGGAUUCCGUGUGGGGCUACGAACUUGGCCUGAAGUCCUUAAUCCCCACCGUCCUGACCAUCAGCAUGUUGGGGUACCCGUUUAUAUCGGCCGACAUGAUCGGAGGGAAUUUCUUCCCCAACAAAACCGACGGGGCUUUGGAAAUCCCGGAUCGGGAACUCUACAUCCGUUGGCUGGAGUUGUCCGCCUUCAUGCCGUCCAUGCAGUUCUCCAUCCCGCCUUGGCUGUACGACAAGGAGGUCGUCGAAAUCGCCCUGAAGUUCACCAAGCUUCACGAGUCCUUGGUGGCCCCUCUCUUGCUGGAGCUGGCCGGGGAGAUCACCACCACGGGGGAUCCCAUCAUACGGCCCAUCUGGUGGAUCUCUCCCGGGGACGAGUCUGCUCACAAGAUCGAUUCCCAGUUUCUCAUCGGGGACACCUUGAUGGUGGCUCCAGUCUUGGAGAUGGGAAAACAGGAACGGAACAUCUACAUCCCGGCGGGGAAAUGGCGGAGUUACAAAGGAGAGCUGUUUGAGAAGACUCCCACACUGGUCACGGACUACCCCGUGGAUCUGGAUGAAGUGGCUUAUUUCUUUUCGGUUCCUUAA